AUGUCGACCGAGUCCGUUCUUCCUGCUGGUGCCAUCACCCUACGUGACAACGAAGCGAGCGAAUUCGACGACCGCAACAGCGCUUGCUGGGCCAAGAGUGUUGAGAUUGUCAACUAUACCAUUGUCAACGGCAGUGCAACAAAUAUCGGAGCCUUUGUGGUAUGGAAUAUUCGUGUCGAGGCUCUCAAUGGGAGUUAUAUGAAUAUUCGUAAACGGUAUUCAGAGUUUGACGACUUUCGAUAUCGGCUGGUUCAGACUUUCCCCGGAUUCGAGGCAGCUGUUCCGGCGCUUCCGCCCAAGAGUGUCAUCUCCAAGUUCCGGCCUAGAUUUCUCGAGAAAAGACGGGCUGGCCUACAAUACUUUCUCAACUGCAUAUUGUUAAAUCCAGAAUUUUCUGGAUCGCCAGUCCUCAAGGAGUUCCUCUUUGCAUAG